AUGUCCACCCAACCCCCCCUCGCCCGCCACGGCCAGCUCUCCCUCGUGCACAUCUCCCCCGCCGCGCUCGACACGUCCCGCCUCGCCGUGCACGUCCUCUCGCCCGCCGCCACCGCCGCGCUGCUCGUGCCCCGCCACCCCUGGGGCGUCCGCCCCCAGCUCUCCGGCCCGCAGCUGCUCGCGAACCUGCAAGCGCUCGCGCCGGGCGUCGCGGACCUCUUUGCGCCGAAGAGCGCCGCGCUGCCGGACCUGACGUUUCGGCUGGUUAAUGAGGGGAAAGUUAAGGGGGCGGGCGCCGGGGAGAGGGCGCGGGACGAGGAGGAGCAGGGCUAUGUGGCGAUGAGCUAUUGCUGGCGGAAGAAGGUGAGGGGUGCGGUGCCGAUGCGGGAGAAGAGUAGGCCGGGGGCGCUGCCGUUUGGGUGGGUGCGGACGGUGGAGCGGUUCCCGAUUCCGACGAGUGAGGGCAUGUUUGCGGCAGUUUUGGGGGAGAGGGGGGUGGAGGGGGGGAGGAGGGAGGGGGUGUGGUUUGAUCAGGUCUGCAUCAACCAGGACGACGAGGAUGAGAAGGCUGUUUCUAUUGGGGCUAUGGAUUCAAUCUAUAAGAAUGCCCGGACCGUGGUCAUUGCGCUCGACGACAUUGAGGCAGACCCGGAAGAGGUGACUUUUCUGCAGCACUAUAUCCCGGCGUACGAGAACGCAUCAGAACCACUAACCACGCAGCCGAACUGGGGUCAGCGGCCACCGUUUAUGCACACACAGCCUGCUUUUGCUUCGUUUUUCGCACGGGUGCUAAGCUCGGUAUGGUUUGAACGGGCGUGGUGCGGGCAUGAGAUGAGGCUAGGACGGACGCAUGUAUUUCUUGUACCGUGCAGAGCGGCGAGUCCAGACGAACCGUAUACGUUCAUCAGGUUUACGGGGACGUUUUUCCUGCACAUGCUGACCCUAUCUAGCGAGGUAAUUGCAAUAUUACCAGAUCACCAAGCACGAAAAACGGCACUUCAACAACUCUUUGCCCGGAGGUCACUCAUAUACGAACAGGAAGCGUUUCUAGCUCAAAAUCCAGGGGCGGAUCUCCCGCCACUACCAGAGCCCAUCGUCCUGGUGACGAUGAUGGCUGAUGUCUUCAGCAUGAAAGCAGGGGGUAAUCCACGCCUCCCUGAGCGCCUAAGAGCUCUCGACGCCAAUAGAGAUAAAGUCUCUAUUGUUCUCAACACAGCCGGUCUCCCCCUAGCCCUAAGACCACAAAAACACACCGACCCCCCUUUUACUGAAGAUGUCUGCCUCCACGCCCUUCUCCUCGUCGGCCUUGCAGCACGCGAUCCCGUAACUCUAUGCACAACCGGCCCACCUCUACGGCUGCCAUCACCCCCCUCGCCCUCCCAAAACGACAACCCCUAUCUCUCCCACAUACCCACCCACUCCAACCCGUCCACAACGCCCUCCUGGCUCCGCCGUCCCACCCAGCUCGACAUCGUCUCCGCCGGCUCCCAACUCCCUCACUUCCCCCGCUUAAACGCCACCCUCCACCUCGGCCACGACGGCCACAGCGACUUCAUCCAACUCCCCCUAAACUUCCUUUCCUUCCCCCACCACCACCAACCCCAGCUCCAACAACCCACACCUCCGCAUCUGCACCACCACCCGCCGCCCCCAGACCUCCAAUGGCCCGCCCACCUCGCCCGCGCCACCCUCUUCAUCGACACCUGCAUCGCCACCUACAUCACCUCGUACAACAUGUGGCAAUCUUGGCAACCCCCUACCCACACUCCCUCCCCACCGCACCCGCACCACCACCCGCGGGCCGCCAGCAUGGCCCACGCCUUCGCCGCCACCCUCGCCUGCGCGCUCUUCUGCGGCGUCGGCUGGACGCUCGACGUCGCGCGGCGCUUCGCCAUCGGCGCGCCGCCGCCGCUGCUGACGCCCGAGGCGCUCGCGAUGCUGUUUAACCCGUACGUCGACCUGGGCGCGCACGUGCGGAGUCCCGAGGGGCGAGGCACGGCGACGCUGGUGGUGAAUUUCUUGGCGACGCUGGUGGCGUAUGGCGUGCCGUGGGCGGCGGGCGAGAGCGAGGCGAGUGUGGUGCCGACGCCGAUGGCGGGCGGGCUGAGGGUUGUGGUGCCGGUGGCCGUGGGCGCGGGGGAGUUUGAGGCGCUGGCGAGGGGGUGGGUUGUGGCGCCGCGGAGGGCGGGGGAGGCGGGGGGUGCGGAGUGGGUGCUUGGGGGAAAGGGGGUCGUGUUUGGGGAUCGGAGGUUUAAUGCAGGGCUGGGGGGUUGUAGGGGGGUGGAGGGGUGUAGGGUGUUUGGGCUGCCGGAUGUUGGGGAAGAGAGGAGGAGGUAG